ACGACGGACCAUGAAAACACUAGAAAAAGGAGGAGGUUGGGUCGUCGGUUUCCAUCCCUCAACGUGCAUGGUUCGUAAUGACCGAAGGGUGCUGUGGCACUCAUCCUUCAAGGGAGGGAGGAAAGCAGUAAACCAUCCGCGGAGAGAAAGAGUAAAAUCUUUCGGCAUUUGAAUCAUCACCGAUCUUUGGAAAACAGGCAAAAUAAGUCGUUUACAGAUAUACCCAAUUCUCAUUUUCCGCUUUCUGAGCUUCUUAGAUCCUCGUUACCAUCUUCAUCAUGAUUAUCAUCAUUAGCCGCUUGCUUAGCUUCGUUCUACAGGAAAGAAGAGGGACAAGUGAGAAACAAUUUGAUACGUGAUCGAUUCGCCUUUUCCUUUCGCCUUCUUUGCCUCCUGUCAUCAUUGCUAUCAUCACCACCACCUUUGUCUUCCUUUGGCUUCAGUUCAAGGAAGGUCCGUUUCAAAAUCUGAUCUCCAACGGAGGUGUUCGGGCCUUCUCCCUGAGGGUUGAGUUAGAGGAGCCGUCGUGAUGAAGAAGAGACCGGUGGCACGAUUCCUUUGGCUUGGUCUGAAGGUCGUUAUCCCACUCGGUGUUAUCCUCUGCAUUUUCGCCGUCCUCCGCGUCGACGAGCCGCAGUUUGCUCCCGGCCCGCCGAUUCCCACCAUCUUCAGCGGCCCGCCGAAGGUUGCCUUCCUCUUCCUUGCCCGCCGGCACCUGCCUCUGGAUUUUCUUUGGGAGCAUUUUUUCAAGAAUGCAGAUGAGGAGAAGUUCUCCAUUUACGUGCACUCCCGGCCCGGGUUCGUCUUCGACCACAGGACGUCGAGGUGCUCCUAUUGUUACGGGCGCCAGUUGAAUCAUAGUAUUCAGGUAGCCUGGGGAGAGGCGAGCAUGAUCGAAGCAGAGCGUUUGUUGCUCUCCAAGGCACUUCAUGAUCCAGCAAACCAACGAUUUGUUCUUCUAUCUGAUAGUUGUGUUCCUUUAUACAAUUUCACCUACAUAUAUGAUUACUUGAUCUCUUCUCCAAGAAGUUUUGUUGACAGCUUCCUUAAUUUGAAAGAAAGCCGCUACAAUCCAAAGAUGUCACAUGUUAUACCCAAAAAUACGUGGAGAAAGGGCUCACAGUGGAUUACUGUGAUCAGGAGACAUGCUGAACUUAUUGUUACUGAUAGGAAAGUAUUUCAGGCUUUCAAGAAACAUUGCAAAAGACGACGAGAAUUAGAUCUUGAAGCAAUCGAUAGUAGGAAGGCAAUUGUCCAGAAAGAGCACAAUUGUAUUCCAGAUGAACAUUAUGUGCAGACUUUACUGGCUAUGCUGGGCCUGGAAAAUGAAGUUGAAAGAAGAACUCUGACAUACACAUUGUGGAAUGAGUCUGUGUCGGGGAUGGGAAGGCAAGGCUGGCAUCCUAUAAUGUUCAAAUAUGCUGAUAUAGAUCUCCAGCAUAUCCAACAAAUAAAGGCUGUUGACCAUGUUUACUACGAAACUGAGUAUAGAACAGAAUGGUGCCAGAGAAAUUCCACAUUUUCACCAUGUUUUCUAUUCGCAAGGAAGUUCUCAAGAGGUGCUGCAAUGCGGCUAUUGGUUGAGGGAGUUCUUGGUGACUUUGAUCCUGGUUCACUUUUAUCAUCGUGACAAUCUCCAUGUAAAGAUAUAUCUUUAUCAUGAGCUCCAUUUCCAUCUUUCUGGGAACCAAGACAUUUUUAUGUCAUUGGUGCCCUUCAUAGUAUACGAGUCUUGUAUGUCAAAAAUGAUGAAGUGUCGUCUCAAGAUAUGUAGCGAGUCCAUGAGCUAUUUUUGCUAACGCAAAUUGUCUAACUGAAAUCAAGAGCAAUUUUUUCAAGUAUACACAAAAUUUUGUAUAGAACAUGGUUUAUAGAGCUUCUGAGUUCUAAUUU